AUGUCUCCCAACAGAUACAGAGACCUCCAAUGUGAGGCAAAUUUUUGGCAACAGUUUGAACAUGGGCUUAUAAGACGUGAAACAGUAAAAAUUCUGCAUUCAGCAGCUGACAGUGCAGCAGACCAUAAAGAUUCAUUUAUUGAUACUGAAGAUUUAGAAAGAUUGAUGAUGAUUCAUCCAUGUUAUCUAGCCCUUAAAAGGUGGCUGGAAAAUAAAAUUAGAAAGGUGGAAUUUAUUCCUGUUAAGCAGCAAGACAAAAAAGGAGCUUUGAUAGGCAGAGCUGAUGGAAAGUGUCAUCGUUUUGCCCAGAAAAUAAUUUUAAAUCCAUUCUUUGAGCCAUUUAUUUAUUCUAUCAUCACCAUCAACCUCAUUCCCAUUAUCUGGCAGUUACUAUUGGAUGAAUCAGAAAAGAAGUUAAAUAAUGUACUAAAAGUUAUCAAUGCAGUGUUUGUUCUUAUUUAUGUUGCUGAAUGUGUUAUCAAGAUCUCUGCUUUGUCAAUGAAAGGAUACUGGAAAAGUUACUGGAAUAAAUAUGAUUUAAUCAUCACCAUCAUCUCUGUUGCUGAUGUCCUAGUCAAUAUUGUUGUUUAUUUUAUGGAAGCAAAUGAGGAAACUUUUGCUUUAUCCAUUCUUCGCACAGCAAGAAUUUUGAGAGUGUUGAGAGUCAGUCGUAUUAUACGACUACUGAAGCCAUUUUUCAAAAAGAUAGUUAUGAUGGUCAAUGAUCAAGUCAAUGCUCAGCUUUAUGCGGGUUAUGAUAUUGGACAAGGUUUUGUUGUUGCUGAAGAUCAGGUAAAGAAAAAAAUCAACGAACUCGUGGACUUUGCACCAAUUGUCAAUGAAGUUAGAGAAAUGUGUGAUAGAAAUCGUUUAACAAUUAUGAAAGCAUUGGUUAAGAUGCAAGGGAGUUAUCCCGAAAUUGCUGUCGCUGCCAAAACACGGCAUGCAACAAGGAGGAUACUUAAUGACUUAAAGCAUGGAGCUCAUGAACUUCAGAGUAAAGGCUUGAUUGAUGAAAAGGAUUUUGAAAUUUUGGAGGAUGAAAUAUUCAAGCUUCUAAGAAGUCUUGAUCAUGCUCCAAAAAGUAUAGCUGCAAGUGUAAGACCAGGAGAGCAACUACAAAGAAUAGACUGGAUUACAAGUGAUGAAUUGUGCAGUUUUUUAUCAGUAUUUCUUUUGUAUCAAUCAUUUGAGUUAGGAAGUAAUAUAUAUCAGAAAGGCUCUUAUUCUGAAGGAAUUUACAUGAUUACCACUGGAAUUGUAAAGAUUCAUGGUGAAGUCAGUGAUAUAUAUCAAGAUGGUGCAUUACCAAACACAGACUCUGUUGCUAGCUGUAUGGCCAAAGGUUACUUUGAAGAUUAUCUAACAUCAGGAAAUAUUCUUGGGCUUAUAGGUUUCCUUACAGGCAAGAGUUAUGUUACAGAAGCCAUCUGUGAAACUGAUGUAAAUACGAUAUUUUUACCCAAAUCUUGUCUGCAAAAAGCUUUAGUUCAGUUUUCUCAACCUCCAAGCCUUUUGUACCAUAUGUGGCGAUCUGUUGCCUUAAAGAUUGCAGUCCCUAUUCUUAGGAAUCAACCUAAAUAUCAGAGAUGGGAUGAUGGAAGAGUAAAACUCCUACUGGAAGAUGCUUUACUGCUAGAUCUUCAGUAUGCACAGAGAUUUACGAUCACCUCCAAUAUGGAAGAUGUGGUAUUAAUUCAAGGUCAAGUCAUUAAUGAUUACAGCAAAGAAAGAUAUAGAGGACCAUUAUACAUUCCUCGCACUAUGGAAAACCUUCUUUUGCCUGGAAAUAGCAAGACAAGACCUUUGCCAAUUUUCCUAAUUGUUGGAAGAGAAGACCUGAUUCUUCCUCCAGGCCUUGACUGGAAAGGCCAGAUUAAUGUUCCAGAGAAGACAAGCUCAUGCUUAUUCCACGAUAUUCAGAGAAGAAUGUCAAAGACUAAUGAGGAACAUGAUACAUCUAGUGGAAUGCAUCUAAUUGGAAUCCAGACUUCUGUAAAUGCUACAGUGGAGGAAGAAAGUGAUAGUGAAGAGUCAGUGAUUUCAACUUUUGUGGUUUAUUCAGAGCAAGAUCAAAAGCAAAUGUUACAACCACAAUACGUUUCAUAUAGAAAUAUUGGAAGUCUUGACUGUUUGGAUGAUGAAAGUAUCUAUGAAUACACAUGUAAUGAUGAUUUGAUGUCACAGCUACAAGUAGGUGAUAAAAACACAGAAACUCCAUCUGAGAUACAAUCAGAGAACUUGUUAGAAUAGCUAUAACAGAAGUAAGUUUUCUAAACAGUUUUUACAAAUGAAUGCUAUCUUCAUAUGUGUUGAACUGUGUUUUAAGUUCUAAAUUUAAGAAAUCCACAUUAUUUUUUCAACACUGAAUUACACAAUGCUAUCUACUCUUUUUUUUAAUUAUUUUCUCAUUGUUAUAUCAUUGUACAGCUGUAAAGACAUGAUCACACAGAAAAAAUUAUUUGAAUUUAUUCUGAGACGUGUAUCUAAAAAUUGGAUGCUAUAUCAUGAAAUUAAUAACAUGACUUAGUGUGUGAAUAUAGCAUGACUACGUAUAUAUAUUGAUAUAUAGUUCAUUACUAUUUAUAUAAAGGUAUUUAUGAAAUUAGUUGAUUCAUAACACCGUAUUAAAAUAUACAUAUAUCCUAAUUGGAGUAGUAGGUGUUAACAAACCUAUAACAGCUUUGACUGUUAAUUUCAUUAACCUUUGUCCAUGUAGUCAGUUCUUACAUUUGGUUGAAACUACAUAAGGCACAGUAUAUUAAUCAAUUUCUACAAAAAUGAUGAAAAUGUUUUACUUAAUUUUCAUUUUCUUACAACAUUUUAUAUGCAUGAAAAUUGAUGCUUGGGCUGGCUGCUUCUGUAAGUGAUAUAUUUACUCUUCAAAAACACUUUAUGCAGUUGGAGUAAAAUGUCUAAAUGUUAGCAUGUUAUCCUCAUACUUAUAUUUUAUGAUAUCACAUGUUUAAACAUUUAUUUCACCAUCAUUGUAUCAGAGAAAUAACUAUGUAUGGUAUUUUUUCUUUCUUUCUGUAAGUUAGUCAGAGACAAAACGUUUACUUAGUUUAGGUUCAUAUGCAUGAGCACUAUAUUUUUCUAAAGAUAUUUUUUCAAUAUUUAUCAUAGAGUUUUAUACUGUUAUAGAGUUGGUUAUGUAAGUUUAAAAAAUAACUUGUACCUUGUUCUGGCAAUUAAACUAUGAAACUGAUAUGUCUGCAUUUGAUAAAUUAAAAACACAUGGAUUUAAACAUUAAGCUGAAUUUGAAAUUGUAGAUUAAAUGACAAAUUCGAAGUUGUAAAUGAUUCAAUAAAUAGUAUGAGGAUUGACCAAAGUUUUAUAAAUGGUAAUAAUGUGAGGAGCACUAAUAUAUAUACAUACAGUUAAGGCUCCUCAUCAUUAGCCAUUAGCUCUUCAUUCCAUGGCAGAAGAUAAUCACAAGGGCUUGA